AUGUGUCCGUCCGUCCUAAUGAUAGGAAAAUUUGGUUUAAGUGAGCUCCCCAACCUGCAUCCGCUGCAUCUGAGACCGGUCCGCGGCCGCGCGGGUGGUGCGGUGCGGGUGCGCGUGGGCAGGGAGCCUUGCGCGCGCGGCGCGGGCGGGGCAUGCGUCAGUCGCGCGACGAGCGCCAUACAGAAGAACGUCGGGUGGCGCCGCGCCAACCCGUCGCGUGCUAGUGUUGUGUCACAGCGGUGGGCCAGGUCGGUUUCGGGAUUACUUCGUGCCGACACUACCAUGGCUCUCAAUUCAGACAGUGAACAGAAAUCGAAUCUGGUCCUUCGCGUGGACCAGGAUUCAGACUCGGUUCUACAGUCAUUGUUCGACACUGUGCUUAAGCCGGACUCGAAACGGCCGCUACAGGUGCCUCUCCGUAUGCGACAGCUUCCAAAGUCGUUCUUUAACCCGCCCUCGACCGGUUCCAAGUCGCCAUCUGUGUCUCACUCGCGAGAAAACUCGGCUGACUCGGCUUUUGGAUCGGUGUCCGCUACUGGCGCCACUCCGGUGUCACACUCACGGGCACACUCGUCACCAGCAAGCUUGCAGCAGACGUAUGCCGCUGGACAGCAGAGCCAACAGCAGCCAAUACACCAUCAGCACGCUAAACAUAGAUCUUACGAUGUAGGAUCACAUCUAAAUGACGAUCUGGGACCUUUACCGGCUGGCUGGGAACAAGCUCGUACGCCAGAGGGUCAAAUUUAUUAUCUCAACUCAGUAAAUUCUAAGAAAGAAAUGGUUGAAGUUAUCAAAACGAGUACUUAUCAUGGGGUCUGCGAUAACAUACAUACAAGAACAAACGUGCUGCUAUCACCUUCCGAGAAGUCAGUGACGGUGGGUCGCCGCGAGCCGCGCCAGUCGGUCGGCGGCGGCGCCUCGUGUCCGUUGUGUUUACGCCUAAUUUUGGCGCAAGCGCCGCGGCGGCAGCCCCCACUUCUCCUCGCCCGCUCCCCUCAUCCCAUUGAACACGGUACGCAUGCGGUUUAUUUCGGCAUGGCGCUGGCUCAGGCGACCUGCCAACGCCGACCAUUUUGCUCCAUCAACCUCUCUAAAGCCUAA